GGCAACACUAGCAGCUUGGUGUGCGCUGUCUUGCGUUUUUUUUUUGUUAGCACCGGCUUUUCCUACCCAACAUCCCAACAUGGAUCUGGUGGAGCUGCUGCAGCAGGCCCAGCGCCUGACGAACGAGACCAAGAUGGACACGGAGGUGCCGGGCGUGGAACGGACCAUGUCCCAGGUGCUGCAAGCCACCCAGGAGUUCCACUCGCGUGUCACCCAAACGGGCACCAACGAUCUGCAAGCCCACAUUCUGCUUGGCUCCAAGGGCGUGGACCUGCCCAAGCUUACCCAGAAGCUGGAGACGCUCAGCGCCCGCCAAUCCUUCGAGCCACUUGAUCCCGUGACGGACACCGAUGUGCAGGGCUAUCUGAAGAACGAGCGGGAGAACGCCAUACUGUCAGUUAUCGACGAAACGAAUCGCAGUAUAUUUGAGUCUGUGGAGCGACAGAAGUGGCGUUGCGUCUACUCGGAGUGGGGUGAGGAGAAGGAAUCGCUGCUGAACGCUUUGGUCGGACCAAACCAACAGGACUUCCCCGACGUGCAGCGUCAGAUGGUGCCCACGGCCAUGGCCGAUGAACCCACUCCGUUCUCCCGACUGAAUGUCCAUCAGCAGCUGUACGCUGAACAGAUCACCAUCUACAACGAGUCGCACAUCCAGGGCAUACAGCGCCCUAACUUGGUGUCGACCUUUGCCCAACUGGCGCAGGAGUCCUUCGAUGAUGAGAACGUAGCCGAGAUGUGGAACGUAUUGGAGUUUAUGUCCGCGGUGACGCCACUCUCGCGCAGCAUUGAUCCAAUCAAGAAUCGUCAGACAGCACCGCAUUUCGUUCAUCAGGCUCGCACGUACUUGGAGCGCAGAUAUAAGACGUAUAUGAAAAAGUUUAUCGAGACGAACUUAGUUCUGGCCCGGCGUGGCGGAAUUCCAAACGUGUAUAACCUGGUGCGCUCCUAUGUCGGCGUUACUUUCCAGCGGCCGCAAUCCCUCUACGGUCUGCACGACGUGAACAAUGGCCGUCCAUUGUGGCCACUGGUUUACUAUAGCAUGAGGAGUGGCGAUAUGGAAGCGGCUGCAAUGUACCUCAAGGAAUCGGGAACCUGCCCCGACCUACAAAAGCUGAUGACGCUGCGAAAGAACGGCGAGGUGGGCACCUCGAUGGCCAAGCUCGAGGGUCAGUUAAAGUUGGAGUUCAACAACAAACUGCACGACUGCACGGAUCCCUACAAAAAGGCGGUAUACGUCAUCUUGUUGGCCUGUGAUCCGCACUUCACUCACGUAGAGCUGAUGCGCAGCAUCGACGACUUCCUGUGGAUGCAACUGUCCAUUCUGCGCAGCCAGGAUCAACGCGACUACAACAUCGAGCAGCUAACCUACAGCGGCCUGCAAUCGCUCAUUUUGGAAAAGUACGGCGAGAACUACUUCAAUGCCCGCGAAAAGGCACCGCUAUACUUCCAGGUGCUUGCGCUCACCGGCCAAUUUGAGGCCGCCAUUGAAUUCCUCGCUCGCACCGAGAAAAAUCGAUCGCAUGCGGUUCACAUGGCCAUUGCUCUCAAUGAGAUAUCCAUGCUGGGAGCACCCCGUUCGGUGCAACAACCGCUACUGAGCUCCGAACCCGAAGACCCAGCGCCCAUGAAGCGACUCAAUCUUGUGCGGCUGAUCGUCAUGUACGCCAAGUGCUUUGAGCAGACGGACACCAAGCAGGCACUGCAGUACUAUUACCUGUUGCGCCACUUCAAAUCCGAGGAUGGCACUAACGCGAUGCUCACCUGCGUCUGCGAUCUGCUCGUUGAGAACUGCAGCGACCCCAUGCUAGAGCUGGUUUUCGGGGUCGAGGAUGUAGAUAAGUCCCUCCGCUAUACAGGCGGCAUCUUUGCGGAAUUCCAUACGCUGGAAUGCGAUAAGUACUCCCUGGCCGGAAUGGUGGGCGAUGAGUUGUCCAAACGCAGCAACUACGAGUCGGCCAUCAAGCUCUACUUCAUUGCUGGCCAACUGGGCAAGGCACUGCGUUUGCUCUGCUCCUUACUGGCGCAGGUGGUUCACCAACCACCGCAAAAAGGAAGCAUGAGGGAGCGGUUGAGCGUUGUCAUCCAGCGACUGGAUGCAGCGCUGGCCGAGCGCAAAACGGACGUAGAGGUUCAUGUGAUUGUCACGUAUACGGUGCUGACACAGGUCAUGGAGUUCUUUGACCUCUAUCACGCGGGCGGAUUGCGUUUGGCAUUGGAAAUCCUGGCCAACAAUAGGCUAAUACCUGCCAGCUCCGUGGAAGUGGACGAGUGUGUGACGAACCUAAAGCGUAUGGGUCCCGAGAUCAUCAAGGUGUUGCCCGAUAUCCUGCUGGCGGCCAUGGACAUUGUGUACCAGGAGUAUGUGAAGCUAAAGGGUGCGAGCGGAACAGGUUCAGUUUUCGGCGAUGAAACCAAGAGCGAAAACAAGGAGCCCGCCAUCAGACAUUUGCGGGGCAGGGCCAAGGCAUUGACCAACAUGGCCGCCAGCGUUCCCUACCGAAUGCCAUCGACCACCAACCAGCGGCUCGUCCAGCUGGAGAUCCUUAUGCACUAACACUAGCCAGAUUAAUAUCAUAGUGAUCGUUUAAGUGCGUUUUUUUGAGUUCGGUUAUAAUUAAAUUGAUGAUUUUUUAAAUAA